AAUUAUUAAUUAUAACUAUUAUAUUAUAUUUUUAAUAUUUAAAUUUGUAAUAAAUAUUUUGAAAAUGGGUGAUGAAAAUUCUACAAGUUCUGAUAAGUCAAAUGCAGUUAAACCAAAAUUUUUGCAUAAUCUAGUAGAAUUCUAUGUACCUUUAACUGGAGUUAUUUCGUAUACUACACUUUCUGUAAAUAUUAUGAAUCCUAAUCUUAGAAUAUUUGCAGACAAGGAUAUUUCAAAUUUUUUAUUAUUAAAUUCAUUAUUUGGAACAGGCACAUAUAUUUUUACUAGAGAACAUAUUAAGAAAGCUCCAUCGAAUUAUAGAUUUUUUUAUAGUGUUGCAGGUGCUCUCCUGCUUAGUUUCGGAUCAGUUUUAAUAUGGUCAGUCUUACGAUCUGUAAUACCAUCAAAUUCAACACUUUUUACUAUUACAGGAAUAGGUAGUAGCCUAUCGUUUAUUACUAUUGGACAGAAAUAUUUAACACAUGUUGAUAAAUUAACAAAAGAUAAAAAAAAAUAACUACAUGUACUAAGUAAAUAUAUAUA